AUGGUGGUGAAGGUCGAUGGUCGGCAGCUACACUAUUUUUGCUUUGCUGUUGACAUCGUAGUGAUAUCAUCUAGCAUCAGCAAAGCGGAACGGAUGCUGACCGAAUUCGACGAAAUAUGUGGUUGCAUCGGUCUUCAGCUGAAUCUGCAAAAGACUAUGUUCAUGCGGAACGGAUGGAUGUCGGAUGCUCUACUCACGCUUAACGGAACGAGCAUAUCCUAA